AUAUAAACUGAUAAAACCAAGAUUACUCCCCUUGCCUUGACCUACUAUAUAUACAUUAAUAGAAGCACACCAUAUAUACUACUCAACUACUCAAGUAAAUUAAGCGACAUAUUCAUUGGUUGAGCAAUAUGGCGAAUAAUAUUGGUGUGUUAUUGGUCUUCUUAUUAUGCCUAAUGAAUGUGAUAACCCAUCUUCCAUAUCUCACAAACGCAUCUUCAUGCAAAUCCAAAGGCCUUCAUUCCCCUCCAUACAAUCCCUCUGGAACGCACGCCACUCUCACUCUCAACAACUUCGCUCGCGGCGGGGACGGAGGCGGCCCCGCUGAGUGCGACGGCAAUUUCCACCCGCUGCCACAAAGAGUGGUGGCACUGUCCACCGGAUGGUACAACCACGGCGCACGAUGCGGGAAAAUGAUAAGAAUCAAAGCUAGAAAUGGAAGGAGCACGUUGGCUAAGGUGGUGGAUGAGUGUGACUCCGUUCAUGGGUGUGACAAAUCACACGCAUGCAAGACGAACGUUGUUGAUGCGUCCAAAACCGUGUGGAAGGAUUUGGGACUCAACACCAAUGAUGGUGAAGUACCAGUCACUUGGACCAUGGUAUAAACUCAUCAUCAGAACUAAUAAUAUAUAUAAAUAAUACUGAAUAAGGACAGUGGCAUCUAUAUAUACAGCCAGGAUUCCCCCUCCCCGAAUAAAUCAUGGCGUUUGUACUUAA